AUGACUAGAAGCUUCGGGCAUUUUUUGACAAGAGGAUCUCGCAAGAGGUCAGCGGAGAUGCUCUUAGGAGAGAAAUUUAAGGGCUAUGUCUUCAAAAUGAUGGGAGGUUGUGAUAAGCAAGGAUUUCCCAUGAAGCAAGGAGCGCUAACCCUUGGCCGUGUUCGUAUCUUGCUUCAUAGAGGGACCCCCUGCUUCCAUGGAUAUGGAAGGCGCAAUGGAGAACGCAGGAGGAACUCUGUGCGUGGGAUCACCAUGAUGGCAUCACACCUUUUCACGGAAUUUAAGAUUUGUGUGUUCCGCAAAAUUUUCACCGAAUGCUACAAAACACACUAUAUUAUACAAUUUGGUAAAUUGAUUAUUGGAUGCACUCAUUUAACAACUGGACAACAUACAAUCACUUUCGAUUUCAGUUACAGUUUUGCUAAGGGAUCGACCAUAAAAACUAUAUGUAGACUUUGUAAGAUAGGCAACGUGCCAAAUGGUGCCAAUUGA